GGAGAUGAUUAUCUCAGGCUUUAUAGCUUUGGGACACUAAUAGAAGAAGGAUACAAACACGCACACACACACACACACACAAACACACAUACACACACGCACAAUAUUACACACAAAAGAGGUGAGGCCUGCAAUGACAAUGUGUUAUAGAUGUCACAGCUUUAUCUGCUCCAUGCUAUUGUGGGGAGAAGCAGUUUGCCAGAAGACGAGGACGAGCCAAGAUGGGUAAGCGGAGGUUCUCAGGUCUGGAGGUGAGCCUGCUGGCACUGUUCUCCAUGAUUUCUGCGGUCGCCAUCGCCCUUAUUGUUCUCUUCGCCAUCGGAGAAUCUGGGGUCAAAACAGAAGAGGCUAUAGUCAGCCAAUGCCCAACAAUCCCUCACGCGGAGAGAGUGGACUGUUUCCCAGAUACUGGAGCAUCAAAGGACAAAUGUGCAGCACGAGGCUGUUGCUGGAGCCCCGUGGAUCAGGCCAACGUGCCCUGGUGCUACUUCUCAACCAGUCAUGGAUACACAGUGAUGUCGGUGGAGAACCCUAACCCUUACGAGAUGAAAGUCGAUUUGAGACGUAUGGAUUCCCCCUCCCUGUUCGGGGCGGACAUCAACAAGCUCACCCUUCAUGCAGAGAUGCAGACUGCCAAUCGCCUCCGAUUUAAGAUCUUUGAUUCCAAAAAGCAAAGGUACGAGGUCCCCCAUGAGCACAUGAACAUCCCCAACAACAAGCCGUCCAGCCCCAUCCGAGAAACGCUUGAAAUCACACACCAGCCCUUUGGACUCAGAGUGCGCAGGAAGGAGAGCAAAAAAGUGCUGUUUGACACCACCAUGGCCCCUCUAGUGUUUGCCGACCAAUAUCUCCAGCUUUCUGCCAGGCUGCCAUCCCAUAAUAUCUAUGGGUUAGGGGAGCAUGUUCACAAACAAUAUCGCCAUGACACCAACUGGAAGACCUGGCCCAUUUUUACAAGAGACGCCUUUCCAAACGGGGGAACGCACAACCUCUAUGGCCACUACCCGUUCUUUCUCUGUCUGGAAGACGAGAGUGGAAAGUCAUUUGGCGUCUUCUUAAUGAACAGCAACGCUAUGGAAGUCACCCUGCAGCCGGCCCCCGCGGUGACCUACAGGACUAUCGGAGGAAUCCUGGACUUCUACGUUCUCUUUGGAGACACGCCGGAACAAGUGGUGCAGGAGUUCCUCGAGCUGAUUGGCCGGCCUGUCAUCCCACCCUACUGGUCCCUGGGUUUCCAGCUGUCCCGCUGGAAUUACGGGAGCCUGGAGGAGGUCAAAAGGACUGUAGAGAGGAAUCGGGCUGUGGACCUCCCAUAUGAUAUUCAGUACACAGACAUUGACUACAUGGAGGAUAAGAAGGACUUUACCUACGACAAGAAUCUUUUCGCAGAUCUGCCUCAGUUUGCUGACUACCUCCAUGAGAAGGGUCAGAGAUACAUACUCAUCCUGGACCCUGCGAUAGCCACCAGUAAGCUGCAAGGGGACGCUCCUUACGGCUCCUAUGACAGAGGCACAGCCAAGAAGGCAUGGGUCACUGAGUCUGAUGGCAAAACACCCCUAGUGGGAGCGGUCUGGCCAGGAGAAACCGUGUUCCCAGACUACACCAGCACCAACUGUAUCGACUGGUGGGUGGAUGAGUACGUGCGCUUUUCCCAAGAGGUCAAACACGACGCGCUCUGGAUCGACAUGAAUGAGGUGGCAAGCUUCGACCAGGGAUCAAACAAGGGGUGUGAAGUCAACAACCUCAACAACCCCCCCUUCACACCGAAUAUUCUGGAUGGACUGAUGUACAGUAAGACGCUCUGCAUGGAUGCCAAGCAGGCCUGGGGGAACCACUACGAUGUCCACAGUCUCUAUGGUUACUCCAUGGUGCUGGCUACUGAGAAAGCUCUGGAGCGCGUCUUCGGUGAAAACCGGACCCUGAUGCUGACCCGCUCCUCCUUCCCGGGCGUGGGGAAGUAUUCGGGUCACUGGCUUGGGGACAACGCGGCCAACUGGAACGACAUAAAAUGGGCCAUCCCGGGCAUGCUGGAGUUUGGCCUGUUUGGGGUUCCCUACAUCGGCGCUGACAUAUGCGGCUUCUUCGGCAACACCACCGAGGACCUGUGCCGUCGCUGGAUGCAGGUCGGGGCCUUCUACCCUUUUAGCCGCAACCACAACGCUGAGGGCUACAAGCCUCAGGAUCCAGCUGUGUUUGGGGAAAACUCGACACUGGUGCAGAGCUCCAAACACUACCUGACCAUCCGCUACACCCUGCUGCCCUACCUGUACACGCUGUUCUACAAGGCCCACACCACGGGGGAGACCGUCGUCAGGCCCCUCAUGCACGAGUUCUAUUCUGAUAGCGCCAGCUGGACAGUGGACCGGCAGUUCCUUUGGGGAAAACAUCUGCUCGUCACACCUGUGUUGGACCCGUGGACGGAUACGGUGAGAGCCUACAUCCCAGACGCCUUGUGGUACGACUACGACACGUGGGACCUAGUGAAAGCAAGGAAACAGCAUUUCGACAUGUAUCUACCAGCGGACAAGCUUGGGUUACACAUCAGAGGAGGGGCUAUACUUCCAACCCAGACACCUGCUGUCACCACCACAUACAGUCGGCGUAACCCCAUGGGUUUGAUUGUAGCUCUUGACGACAACCAGCGCGCAGCAGGGGAGCUAUUCUGGGAUGAUGGAGACUCCAGAGCAACCGUUGAAAAUGGGAACCACAUCCACUACAACUUCUCUGUUCAUGAUGGAGUUCUGACCAUGCAGGUGACCCAUGCCGGCUACAAGGACCUGGGUGGCCUGGUGUUCGGGGAAAUCAAGGUCCUGGGUGUGCCACAGCCCCCGCCCCUGGUGACGGUUACCCACGGGAACACCGUCACCAAUCUCAAUGAAAACAAGAUCCGCUACGACGCCGUCAAGAAGGUGCUGGUGGUGAGCGGCCUGGAGCUGAUUGUGGGUGAGUCGUACCUGGUGGCGUGGCAAAGGGGGGGGGCUGAGUACCAGAGGUUCGACUGCUACCCACAGAAGGGCCAAGUGGCCACUGAGGACAGCUGCAAGGCUAGAGGCUGCCUCUGGGAGCCUACCACCCGUUCAGGCGCUCCAUGGUGUUUCUAUCCUGAGGACUACGGCUACGGCGCUAAUAUAAUUAACGAGGCGGACUCUGGAAUGACCCUUGACAUCACAAGAAACGGGAAGUAUGGGAGCAGUGGACUCCCCGGCUCCCCGGACAUUGACCAACUCCGCGUGGAGGUCCGCUAUCACAGCGAACACAUGCUGCAAUUCAAGAUCUGGGAUCCGUCCAACAAGCGCUACGAGGUCCCGGUUCCUCUCUCCGUCCCCGCCACUCCAGAGACAAGCGAGGCCAAGAGGCUGUACAAGGUUGUCAUCACCAACAGGCCCUUUGGGAUCAAGGUGAUGCGAAAGAGCACGGGAACCACCAUUUGGGACUCGGCCGUGCCGGGCUUCACCUUCUCAGACAUGUUCAUCCAGGUCUCCACGCGUUUGUCCUCGGAGUACGUGUACGGCUUCGGCGAGACGGAGCAUCAGACUUACAGACACAACCUCAACUACCACACCUGGGGCAUGUUCGCCAAGGACCAGCCGCCUGGCGACAAGAAGAACUGCUACGGGGUCCACCCCUUCCACAUGGGCCUGGAGACCACGGCCCACGCCCACGGCGUCCUGCUGCUGAACAGCAACGCGAUGGAUGUGACGUUCCAGCCCACGCCGUCCAUAACCUACAGAACUAUUGGGGGCAUCCUGGACUUCUACAUGGUCCUUGGACCCACUCCAGAGAUGGUUGUGCAGCAGUACACCGAACUUAUUGGUCGCCCUGUUUUACCUGCCUAUUGGUCACUUGGGUUCCAGCUCUGUCGUUAUGGUUAUGCCAAUGACAAGGAGAUAGAAGAUCUAUAUCGAGACAUGGUGGCGGCCGGCAUACCCUAUGAUGUCCAGUAUGCAGAUAUUGACUACAUGGAUCGCCAGUUGAACUUUGUUUUGGACCCAGAAUUUACUGGACUUCCUGCCUUGGUGAAUCGCAUGAGGGGCGAAGGCAUGAGGUUUAUCUUCAUUCUGGAUCCAGCCAUCGCAGGCAAUGAAACAAAGCCUUACCCCGCUUUUGACCGUGGAUUGGAACAGAAUGUCUUCAUCAAGUGGCCCAAGGAGUUGGGUGACGGCAUUGUCUGGGGCAAGGUGUGGCCGGAUCGCCCAAAUGUCACGGUGGAUGAAUCUCUGGACUGGGAUACCCAAGUGGAGAGGUACAGAGCCUACGCCGCGUUCCCUGACUUCUUCCGCAACCACACGGCCAAGUGGUGGCUUCAGGAAAUCAAGGACUUCUAUGAGAGCUUGAAGUUUGAUGGACUGUGGAUUGACAUGAACGAGCCUGCCAGCUUUGUCCAUGGCACUGUAGGGGGAAAGUGUCUUGGUUCGGAUCUCCUGGAAAAUCCUCCAUACAUGCCACCGCUGGACGCCAUGGAAAAUGGGCUGAACCAUAAAACUCUGUGCAUGAACAGUCAGCAGUUCCUCAGUGAUGGAACUCCGGUGAGACACUACGAUGUGCACAACCUCUACGGCUGGUCUCACGCCAAGCCCACCUACGAUGCACUUUUGAGCGUGACGGGAAAGCGAGGUGUGGUGGUGACUCGCUCGACCUACCCCUCCAGUGGAAAGUGGGCUGGACACUGGCUCGGAGACAACAACUCAAGCUGGGACCAACUUUAUAAGUCCAUCAUAGGCAUGAUGGAGUUCAGUUUGUUUGGAAUACCUUAUACCGGGGCCGAUAUCUGUGGCUUCUUCAACACGGCCGAGUACGAGAUGUGCCUUCGCUGGAUGCAACUGGGCGCCUUCUACCCCUACUCCCGUAACCACAACGGCAAGGGAUCCCCGAGACAGGACCCAGUUUCAUGGAACAGCACCUUUGCUGAGGCGUCCCGCGAUGUCCUGAACAUUCGCUACACUCUCCUGCCUUACCUCUACACACUAAUGUUUGAGGCCCACACCUCUGGAAACACUGUAGUGAGACCACUCCUGCAUGAGUUUGUUGAAGAUCGGGCAACAUGGGACGUCGACAGACAAUUCCUCUGGGGACCUGCCCUACUCAUCACACCUGCCAUGGAACCGGGUGUAACUAACGUGAAGGCUUAUGUUCCGGACACCCGCUGGUAUGACUACCACACGGCAGAAGUAUUGCAGGUUCGUGGCAAGAUGGUUAACAUGCCAACACCUCUGGACCACAUCAACCUUCACGUGCGGGGAGGUUACAUCUUGCCCUGGCAAAAAGCAGAGAAUAACACAAAGUUUAGUCGACAGAAUCCUUUAGGCUUGAUUGUUGCGCUGGAUGAUAGUGGAUUCGCCCAUGGCUCUCUUUUCUGGGAUGAUGGAGAGGGAAUAGAUACGUACGAGGCGGGCGCUUAUCUGUUGACCGACUUCACAGCAAACUCGAGCAAGCUGACCAAUCGGGUGCGGUACAAUGGCCUGGCCACGGCUGACCGGCUGACCCUGGGGGUGGUGAGGGUCUGGGGAGCGGGGACAGUGAAGGUGACGCAGGUUACCCUGACCGACUCCACGGGGACAGUGCACAAUCUGGUACCGGAUCAUAACACGACCACGCAGGAGCUGAAAGUAGACGCUACAACCAUAUCAGUCCAUGUAAAUGAGAUGUUCACAAUGGAGUGGAAGACCAGCCUCUGAACAGAGCAGAGAAGAAGCAGUGGCUUUUAACAUUAUACCGUGUACAAUCAAUUUAGCAAUGUAUAAAACAAAAGCACCAAUCUUAUUUUGGUGAAUGCCUUAGGUUAAGAAAUUGUCUUUGUCUGAAAUUGUUUUUCUUUUUGUGAAAUGGUGUCCUGAAAUGUUUCACUGUAUUGAGGACAAAUAAAAUCAACAUAAAAUUGUA